AUGGAGAUCCAAACAUUUCCCAGCGAAAUCGUCUUCUUUGAUUUAGAAACAACCGUACCAAACAAAACAGGACAACAUUUUCACAUCCUAGAGUUUGGUGCAAUCAUCGUAUGCCCAAGAAAACUUGAGGAGCUAGAUAGCUUCUCAACGCUUAUACAGCCGAAAGACAUAUCGGUGGUCUCACUAAGGUCGUCUAGGUCAGAUGGGAUCACGAGGGCUAAGGUCAGGGACGCACCAAGCUUCGAAGAUGUCGCUGAAAAGAUCUAUGGUUUAUUGCACGGUCGGAUUUGGGCUGGUCAUAACAUUAGAAGAUUCGAUUGCGUUAGAAUUAAAGAAGCUUUUGCUGAGAUUGGUAAAGCUGCCCCUGAGCCCUCUGGGAUCAUUGAUUCUUUGGGGUUAUUAAGCGACAAGUUUGGCAAAAGAGCUGGUAACAUGAAGAUGGCAAGUUUGGCUGCCUAUUUUGGUCUUGGAGUGCAAAAACACAGGAGUCUUGACGAUGUUCGAAUGAAUUUAGAGGUCCUCAAGCACUGUGCAACAGUUCUUUUCUUGGAAUCUACACUUCCCAAUCAACUGGAAGCACAAUGGCAAAAUUCUUCAAAGAUCAUGACAAGAAGUCGAAGUAAUAAACAAAUAGCUCCAAGGGCUAUGCCUUACUCGAAGGGUGGUAGUCUCGGGAAGAUGACACAGAAUGUAAAGAAUAUCUUAAGCAAAGCUCAAGGCAACCAAGCUCUUCAAAACUUGAUCAAACAUUCUCAUUCUUUGCUUAGAUGAUUAAUAUAUAUCCUUAGUAAUUAUUAAUUUGUUUAUUUAAAAUAAAAAGGAAUUCAAUUGUAUAUAUUGUAGAAGUAUCCUCAAAAAUUGUUAAUUAGUAUGG